AUCCCACAUUAUCUGCUUUGAACUGGAAUAUAUGGCAGUGUGGACUUAGAUAACCUAGUUCAAAGCAGAUAUUGUGGGAUUUUCUGCCUUGAUAUUCUGGGUUAUAUGGCUGUGUGGAAGGGCCCUAACUGACAUUUCAUCUUUUGAAGAAAGACAGUUCCCUUUCUUAUCAUGAAUUUUAUGACAAUCCGGCAUUGGCCACACUUCACUUUCUUAUGGGUGGUUGUCUUACUUUCUUUGGAGAAUGGAGCCUUUGAAGCCAUAGACACAAAAAAUCUGAAGACUAUCAUUGACUACAUCAGAGGGUAUGGAAUUGAAAGCAGAUACCAAUAUGCUGUGGCUGUAAGGCUGGAUAAAAAAUGCUGUAGAAAUCCUAAUCCAACUAACCUGGAAGCUGCCUUGCCUAACAAUGAGAUGCUGCAGAUGCAGAAGGCUAUUAAGAAGGAAAAUGGCAUAUAUAUCCCAAGCACGAUAAAAAAUAUUAUUGCUGCUAGGCCACAUAAGGAAUUACCAAGAAAGCAUGCUGAAUGGCGGUUGCUUAAUGGGGGCAAUAACAGCCCAGUAGAGAAGCUGUUAGCUAAUGAGGGCCAGAAUAGCUGUUUCAUCUUUUUCAGCAAAAUAUCCCCUUGUGUAGAUCGUUGUCUCAAUAUGACUGACAUGAAGAACAUUGUUCGGAUUCUCAACCCUAUUUUUAACAGGUACAGUGAGAAUUCCAGGGCUUUUGUAUUUGAAACUAUAUAUUAUAAAGAUAAAGAGAAACAGGCUGAAGUGGUGAUUAAUGCCUGGAAAAAUAUCCGGCAUGCCCCACUAUUCAAGUGCAACAGAAAUAAUUGCAUCCGGUGUUUUGACAACAAUCUACCAGAAAACAGCAGCCCCUGUUAUAGCCGCUAAUGCUCCUCAAAGUGCCUUAUGGGCUCAGUUAGCAACAACACACUAUCUGGCACCCAUUGCUUUGAUUCCACCAAAUUGUGCUUUGUAUGUGAUUUUUCUUGUAGUUGUCUGCUUUGCUGUUGACUCAAUAAA